AUGCGCAUUUUGUCUUCCAAGGCUUCUCUGACGGUUCAAGACGCGGAGGCGGUCUUGACGGAAGCUGAACUAUUGGUCGACAACGCUUCACACCAGCUCAGAAGGCCACCUAGCAACUGGACAGCUGCCUACCUGGUUAUGAAGUUGUCGUCUUUGUUCAUGGUACUUGACUGCGUGGUUUGCACAACUGAGGUCCUCGGGGACAAGAUGAAUGCCGGCAGAUUGUGGGGUGAGUUUGCGCAGAAGUUCCGUGCGGAUUAUUUCCUUCCUGGCACAGGGAGGAAGCUAAGGCAACGAGCGUUGAAAAGGCUGGUCAAUCGACUGAGUUAUGCAUUGUCAAUAUAUAAGGAAGCAAGGCGCCCGGCGCUUCAGGAAAUAAUUGAGCUGAAGGGGGCCAUUAUUACCUUGCCGUACAAAGCCAGCCAAGAUUGUCGCACCCACUGUGGCAGCUCUGGGUGGAGGAUGACAAGGAAUUCUCGUGAGCUGGCGAUGACAUGGGACACCAUCCUGACUUUCAAGCGCCCGGCAAACGAGAAACUGAAAACGGAUUUGACUGCGUGA